AAAGAAAACAGAAAAAGGAAGUGAAACACAUCCUUCUACUUUCUAAAGUUGAAGAAAGGUCCUGCAGACGUGGAUAGAAACUAUUUUAACUCUGGCGUUUUGCUGUCAUGUUUUUGAUAUAACGACAGAAAUAGGAAGUGGUCAGGCUCCGCUUAAACCGGUUCUGCUUGUAGUUUUUAAAAAGUUCCUCCAACUCUCAACAUACAUCAUCACAUGGGGCGUGUCUUUAUACCGGAAAAUCUCGCUCUAGACGUUACUGCGACGCAGCAGUAGUGGGCGGGUAGGUGUGUUGACAGGAAUAGUUGAGUUUUCAUUUUGGUCAGAGUGUCUCUUUGAGCUGUUUCAUGACAUUGACGUUUCUGUCGCAUAAUCUGCGUUUCUGGAACGCCGCUCGGGCUGCACUAACGCAUCCAAGGAGUGACGUAAGGGUUGUGCCGGACGCGUGAUGUAAACAGGAAAGCAAAAAUGGAAGACCGGCAUAAAAAGAUCCUUCAGCAGAACAGGACUAAUCUGGUGAUGAGUUUAGAUCCUUCAGAUGUCUACGAUGGACUUUUGGCAAGGGGCAUCUUCACUCAGGACAUGAUAGAUGAGAUAAAGAGCUCCGGAACCAGGCGGGCUCAAGCCAGACAGCUGGUGAAGGACCUGGAGACCAGAGGCAGUAGAGCUCUCCCAGCCUUUCUGGACUGUCUUCGUGAAACUGGCCAAGCCAGCCUUGCAGAGCUGCUAGAGAGUGGAGGUUCUGUUUCCAUCCUUGUUUCACCCCCUGUGCAACCUAUUGUAAUCCCCCUCCCAGUCCCAGAGAAUCCUGAAAACAAUAAGAAUGCCGAAAACCAUGACAGAGCUGAUGCUUCACCGAAGCUGGUACCACUGAAACCGACCACACUGCCUCUGGAUGUACUUCCCAGCCCAUCUCCUGACAGAGAAAGACCCAGGCCACCUAGGCAGAGGCGUGAUAGUGUACAGAGUUAUAAGAUGGAUGCCAGUCCGUGCGGAAUCUGUUUGAUCAUCAACAACGUGGAGUUUGAACCUGCCUCAAACCUGAAUGAGCGUAAGGGGUCUGACGUUGAUUGUGACAAGCUAGAAAAAAGAUUCCAAUCCCUCAAUUUUCGCGUUAUUGUUAAGAGGAACCUGAAAUGCAAACAAAUAAAACACGAGUUGUCUUCACUUGCUAAGAUGGAUCAUUCGAUGUACGACUGCUGCGUGGUGGUCAUCCUGUCACAUGGCACCGAGGCAAGCCACAACCGCUUCCCUGGAGCAGUGCACGGUGUGGAUGGUCCCUCUGUCCCUGUUCAGAUAAUCACAAACUACCUGAAUGGCCAGAACUGUUCAUCUCUGCAGAGCAAGCCCAAACUCUUUUUCAUACAAGCGUGUGGAGGAGAUCAGAGGGACAUCGGUUUUGAGGUGUCUCCGGAUGAGGUUCAGCCCACUCCAGGUGGAAUUGAUGAUCAGACGGACGCCAUCCCCUUGUCCUCCAGCAGUGACUCACUCAGCUUCUCUGAUGAGAUUGACGCCAGGGCCUCUCUUCCCACGCCCAGCGACAUUCUAGUGUCUUACUCUACCUUUCCAGGAUAUGUGUCAUGGAGGGACACAUUUGCAGGCUCUUGGUAUGUGGAGACACUGGAUCGCGUACUGGAGGAGAAUGCAGCCAGUGAUGACCUCGUCACCAUGUUAAUGGUGGUGAACAACGAAGUCUCUCAGAUAUCUGCUAAAGGCCUUUACAAACAGAUGCCUGGGUCUUUCAACUUUCUUCGGAAACUGCUCUACUUUCAAGCUUUCAAGACAUGACGUACUGAAACCGACAUGAGACAGACAUGAUUAACUGAUUUCAGAACUGAUAGAAUUUUUAUGCCUGAUUAAUUGAUGAGAACACAAUCAACAUGCAGGACUGUGGAUUAGUCUUCAUUGUCUGUUUGAUUGUCUCACAGCUUAAAGCCAGAAUCACUUACCUCUGUACCAGGGGUUCCCAAUCCCAGUGUGUUUUUUUCUCAUAUAGGACACCUGAUUCAACUACCUAUAUGAUAAUCAAUGUCUUUUGGGUUUGUCAAACACUAGAGGGCGCUCCUGAGCAAGUCCAAAAUGAAUAGUUCUUAUAGAGCUUUUGUUUAAAGGUUUAAAAGUCAGUGUUUGUAAAUGCCUAAUCAUGUUUUAUAUAGAAAAAUGCUCUUUUUCUCAACACAUACCAGCAUAAAAUAUUUCAACACUGCUGUUAUAUUUUUGAGUUCUUUGAAGUUGUAGGACUUUAUAACAGUGCCUCAUGUACGUUCAUGACAUCAGUGAAAGCAAACUACUUCACUCAGGCAAUGAACUUAUCAGCUCACCAGCCAAUCAGCACUCAGUAGCAGUAAUGCUGAUGUCAUACAGAAAGACAGGCAAGUUUUCUGUCCUUCUACUGUCCAGAAUUGAGGAAACAGUCCUGCACAGAUGGUUAAUAGCCAUUUAGCUUAAUUCAGCCACAUUUCUUAAGGACUUGCUCAUAGGCACCCUCUCACAUUUUGCAGUCUUGUUUUUGAUAUUACGAGAAAAAUAGGAAGUGGCCAGGCUCCCCUUACAGUGGCUCUGUAGUGGGCUGGUCAGGUGUGAAGAGUAGGGAAAGCAAAAGCUUGAGCUUGAGGUCACCAGGACUUGGAUUGGGAACCCCUAUUUCUGUACCUGAAUUGUAGAGGACUAUGAGAGCAGUAAAGACUGCUGUGGGACAUCAGUAUGUAGAAAAUGUUGCUGGUUUGUUGGUGGGUUUUUUUUAUCCUUUUGUUAUUUUGAUAAUCAGUAGAAAUAAUAUUUUGUAGCAGUUUUAAAACUUGAAAAAAUAAUGUAAAUUAUUGCUUAAAAUGGUUAAAUUCAAAUUAAACUGACUCUGAUUCAGAGAAAGUGUGAAUUAUUA